GGGGUCGAGCCCAGGAUGUGGGCGGGGCCAGAUGCGUCCCCUUCGCCCGGCGCCGGCCGAGCUGCGCAGUUUCAGGGCUGUCCUGCGGGCUGGGGAGUGAGGAGCCGCGGCGGCAGUCAACAUGGCAGCCGUGUUGAGGCGAAGCUGCGGGGUCCUGAGAAGUAUUUCUCGUUUUGACUGGAGAUUACAACAUACAAAAGCUGCCCCACAACGUGAACCAGGAUUGGGAUUUAAUUUUGAGUUCACUGAACAGCAGAAAGAAUUUCAAGCUACUGCUCGUAAAUUUGCCAGGGAGGAAAUAGUGCCAGUUGCUGCAGAAUAUGAUAAAACUGGCGAGUACCCUGUACCCUUAAUUAAAAGAGCCUGGGAACUUGGUUUAAUGAAUACACACAUUCCAGAGAGUUGUGGAGGUCUUGGACUUGGAACUUUUGAUGCCUGUUUAAUUACUGAAGAAUUGGCUUAUGGAUGUACAGGGGUUCAGACUGCUAUUGAAGCAAAUUCUCUGGGGCAAAUGCCUGUUAUUAUUGCUGGAAACGAUCAACAACAAAAGAAGUAUUUGGGGAGGUUGACUGAAGAGCCACUGAUGUGUGCCUACUGUGUAACAGAACCUGGAGCAGGUUCUGAUGUAGCUGGUAUAAAGACCAAAGCAGAAAAGAAAGGAGAUGAAUAUAUUAUUAAUGGUCAGAAGAUGUGGAUAACCAAUGGAGGAAAAGCUAAUUGGUAUUUUUUGUUGGCUCGUACUGAUCUGGAUCCUAAGGCUCCUGCUAAUAAAGCCUUUACUGGGUUUAUUGUGGAAGCAGAUACCCCAGGAGUACAGAUUGGAAGAAAGGAAUUAAAUAUGGGCCAGCGAUGUUCAGAUACAAGAGGAAUUGUCUUUGAAGAUGUGAAAGUGCCUAAGGAAAAUGUUUUAAUUGGUGAGGGAGCUGGUUUCAAAAUUGCAAUGGGAAGUUUUGAUAAAACCAGACCUCCAGUAGCAGCUGGUGCUGUGGGACUAGCACAAAGAGCUUUGGAUGAAGCUACCAAGUAUGCCCUGGAGAGGAAAACUUUUGGAAAACUGCUUGUAGAGCACCAAGGAGUAUCAUUUCUGCUGGCUGAAAUGGCAAUGAAAGUUGAACUAGCUAGAUUGAGUUACCAGAGAGCAGCUUGGGAGAUUGAUUGUGGUCGCCGAAAUACCUAUUAUGCCUCUAUUGCAAAGGCAUUUGCUGGAGAUAUUGCAAAUCAGUUAGCUACUGAUGCUGUGCAGAUUUUCGGAGGCAAUGGAUUUAAUACGGAAUAUCCUGUAGAAAAACUAAUGAGAGAUGCCAAGAUCUUUCAGAUUUAUGAAGGUACAGCACAAAUUCAAAGGCUUAUUAUAGCCCGUGAACACAUUGAGAAGUAUAAAAAUUAAUGAGGUUGCUAUAGAAACAUGAUUAAUUGUUGAGUAAUUAGAACAUGAUCCGCUAUUUAAGCUCCAGAAAAGAGAAAGGGCUCUAAGGUGUUUUCCUGUGAAAGUUUAAAAUAAGAACUUUUACACUAAACCUAUGCAACUGAUUCUAAUAGUUUUCUAUUUUUGCUUAACUUUAUGACUUGCUUUUUCUAAAAUAGAUUUGGUUUCAUUAAAAUUACAUGUUUUCCUUAGUACCACUGUACUUGAAUUGCAUUAACCUAAAAAAAUACGUUUUAUUAUUUUGAUCUCUUAAAGAAAUUCCGUGGAAUUUCAGUAUUUUUUCCAAUGACAGAAAAUCAGGCUUAUAAAAAUAUUCAGAAUGUUCCAAAAUUUACAUUGAGAAAAUACUAUAGGAUUUGGAUGCUAUCAGAUAACUUGCCAGUGACUUUGAAUACUUAAUGGUAUUGUAUUAGAGGAGUUCAUUUUACUACAAUUUGGAAAGCGUUUGUUUUUAGUUUUGUACAGUAAUAGUAAAAAAUUUUGAUUUUCAUAUUCUUCUAUUAUACAGUGACCAGAAUUACUUGAAAAGUUACUUGUUUAAUUCUGAGCCUGCAUUUCAUUUGCCUUAUUUAAUAUAAAUCAAUAAAAUUUGCCUUAAAUUACUUUUAUUACUCUAUUGGCCUCUGGGUAGCCUUUGGUCUGUUGAACACAAUAUCAUUCAUGUACCUGCGUUCUACAAAGAAACUUAAAUAUAAUGAUCUGUUCAGUGCUUAUCAGUGUAUCUGUUUGUAUUCUUUCCAGGGAGUUUUAGUACUUCAUCCAAUAGUGUAUACUUGAUUUAUUUACUAUAAUGGAAAAAAAGUCACGUUUUGAUUUUGAACUGUAUAAAGUUACCUGCCUGUUUUUCAUUAGAUUAUAUUGUGAUACCUCAGAAAAUAUAAAUAUAAAAUAAUGUAAGAACCAGAA